AUGGCCACCACGUACGAUGAGAAGCAGAUAAGAAGUCUGGGAAAUGUUCUGGUCACCGGCGGCUCUGGCUUCCUUGGGAACCACAUCGUCACUCUGUUGGCAUCGCGGAAAGCAUGUGCAAAGCUCACCGUCCUCGAUCUGAAGGCCCCGCUGAACCCAGUGCCUGGGGUCAACUACGAGCAGGGCGAUCUCACCGACUACGAUUCAAUGCUCAAGUUCUUCGGCAAGCACAACUUCGACGGCGUUAUUCACACAGCGAGCCCCGUCAUGACCGCCAGCAAGAACAGAGAUCUGACAUACAAAGUCAAUGUCGAGGGAACGAAGACGAUGGUGCGCGCAGCACAAGAGACGGGCGUCAAGACAUUCGUAUACACCAGCUCGGCUAGUGUGAUCCACGACACCCAGAGCGACCUGGUCAAUGCCAACGAGACAUACCCUUUGAUCAUGGGCAAGGAGCAGCCAGAGUACUACACCACAACGAAAGCACUGGCGGAACUGCACGUAUUGGCAGCUAACCGCGCACCCUCUCACCCCAAGUUCCUGACCGCUGCGCUUCGACCAUCUGCCAUGUUCGGCACUGGCGAUGUCCAGCUCAUCCCCCCAGGGCUGAGCGCCUACUACAGAGGCCAGACGAAGAUUCAGAUCGGCCAGAACGAAAACCUGUUCGACUUCACCGAGAUCACGAACGUAGCCCACGCCCACCACUUAGCUCUAGCCGCCCUGAUGGCCACCCACGACCGCGACGCCAGCGGAAAGAUUGCGCCUCUUGACCACGAAAAGGUCGACGGCGAAGCCUUCUUCAUCACCAACGAUGCGCCAGUCUACUUCUUCGAUUUCGCACGUAUGUGCUGGGCAGCAGCAGGGGACCGAACCACACCCGCUCAGGUCUGGACUCUGAGCAAAGACUUUGGACUAUUCUUGGCCACACUUAUGGAGUGGAUCUUCUUCAUGUUCAGACUUGGAAAGCCGAACUUGACCAGGCAGCAGGUGCGGUACACGUGCAUGACAAGGUACUACAACAUCGAUAAGGCGAAGCGACGUCUCGGGUACCGGCCCCUGGUGAAGCUGGAUGAAGGCAUACGCAAAGGUGUGGCGGAUGCGUUGUAUAGAGGCGUAGUUGUGGGACAACCCCCCGAGUUGAAAGGCAAGAAGAUACAGUAG